AUGGCUUCCACGGAACCCUAUACACUCUAUUACAAUAAAUGGUCUAUUUGUUCUCAAAUGGUACAGUUGACGUUCGCAUUCAGAGGCGAGCCCAAGGAUGCGGGGUCGCAAAUGACCAUAGAGAAGAAAUCAAUUGAUAUUAUGAACGGCGAACAACUGGAAGAGGCAUAUUUAACUGAGAUAAAUCCGAAGGGACAGGUUCCAGUAUUAACACACCCUUCUAGACUGCCGAAGCCCAUCGCAGACAGUCUUGAUAUCACAUACUACAUCACAACACAAUAUCCUGGUCUGGUUCCUGAGAGCAACAAGGACCAAUUGAUUGAACUUCUCAAAGAGCUGCAUCGAAUAAAUUUCUUUUCUCUAUCCUUUGGCAGCAGAGUUGGAGCGGUCAACGCCCAAAAGACUGCUGUUGAAGCAAAGCUCGCGCAGACCGAUAUUUCCGCCAAAUACCGGAAAGCGCUGGAAUAUAAGAAAACAAUUAUUCGGGAUGAAAAAGUCAAUGGGGUUACUCCCGAGGAAAUAGAAACUCAGAAGAGCAACACAACAACCUUCCUUGACAAAAUCGCCAAACUCUACAACCCUGGCAGUGGUCCAUGGCUUUGGGGCCGGAUAUCCCCGACUGUGCUUGAUGUUCAAUUAGCUAUAUUUCUAGCACGAUUGCAUGAUGUUGGGCACGCGAUAUUGAUUCCAAAGCAUCUAUUACCAUUCUACAGUACAAUGACAGAGACGAAUGAAUGGAAAGAUGUCUACCAGGGCCGAAAGACUAUGUUCGGGGUGUAA